UUGAGCUGGAAUUCCGGCUUUGUUUGGUUAGACUUGACUUCCAUAGGGGCGCAGCCUUCACUGCCCGCGUUGACACUUGCCCAUUUCCCCCCCCCCCCCCCCCCCCCCCCCCAUUUUUUUUUUUCCCCUGGGAACUUCCACCGGAUAUUUUAUCAGGAAUCGGGACGAAGCGGCGGAAAAGUUUAUAUUCGUACUAAACCUGUCCCAGCAAACUUCCUUGGAGGAGUCUGCGCGCGCGCGCACUGCGAACCGGGCGAAAUUCCCUCACAACUGUUUUUUUUUUUGCUCCUAACCACUGAACCGCGGGGAAACGGAGGAGCCUUGCGCUUGAACUACCAGCUAACUUUAUGGGGGGCGUCUGAUUUGGGAAAGUUUUUUUUUUUUUUUUUGCCUCGUAUGCCGGGCUCUUAUCUAGUGUUGUUGCAGAGGGCAGCAGAGAAUGAACGCGCUUAGUAAAACAUGCAGCCCUGGAAGUUUAACUUGGUGGAAUCUCCUGGGAAUGUUGCUGCCUGGAUUCGUGCGCGUAGCCGUGGAAUAAUACAGCUAAAAAGGGUCCUGGUUUCUGAGGUUAUCUAAGAGGAGAUACUGGCCGUAGGAACUGCAGACAUUGGACAUAGUAGGAAGGGCAGCAAGUGACUGUCAUUCUACACCACCUCUCACCAGUUGCUUGGAAACCUGCAGUCCAGGCUGGAACCAUGGACUCUGCCAGGGCCCCCCACAUGAAGGUCCGGAGAGACGUCGGUGACUACCUCAACUAUGAAAUCAUCAGCAAGCAUUACAACUACACAGGGAAGCUCAAUGAGAAUGCCGAAAGUGGGAUCAAAGCAACAUCGGUGGUUUUCAUCAUUAUCUGCUGUUUCAUCAUCCUCGAGAACAUCUUCGUUCUGCUGACUAUUUGGAAAACCAAGAAAUUCCACAGGCCAAUGUACUACUUUAUUGGUAACUUGGCACUCUCAGAUCUGCUGGCAGGAGUGGCAUACAUCGCUAACAUCCUACUGUCCGGCUCCACGACUUACAGCCUCACCCCUGCCCAGUGGUUUCUUAGAGAAGGAAGCAUGUUUGUGGCUUUGUCUGCUUCGGUCUUCAGCCUGCUAGCUAUUGCCAUUGAGCGAUAUAUCACCAUGUUGAAAAUGAAGCUCCAUAAUGGCAGUAAUAGUUUCCGUUCCUUCCUGCUCAUCAGCGCCUGUUGGGUCAUCUCUGUGAUAUUAGGGGGUCUCCCUAUUAUGGGAUGGAACUGCAUUGGCUUCCUGGAGAACUGCUCCACAGUGUUGCCUCUUUAUCAUAAGCAUUAUAUCCUUUUUUGCACCAGUAUAUUUACUGGCCUUUUACUGGCCGUUGUGAUCCUUUACUGUAGGAUCUACAUCUUGGUAAGGACAAGGAGCCGUAGGCUGACUUUUCGGAAGAACGUGGCCAAAGCAACCCGGAGCUCAGAGAAGUCACUGGCUCUGCUGAAGACGGUGAUUAUUGUUUUAAGUGUCUUCAUUGUCUGCUGGACUCCCUUGUUCAUUCUUUUGUUGCUGGACGUGAGAUGCAAAGUCAAGUCUUGCCCCAUCCUCUUCAAGGCUGAAUAUUUCUUAGUACUAGCAGUUCUGAACUCAGCCACCAAUCCAAUCAUCUACACGCUUACCAACAAGGAGAUGCGGAGGGCCUUUUUCAAGAUUGUACGGUGCUGUACGUGUCCCACCACAGACUCUGGGGCCAAAGUCAAGAGACCCAUCAUUGGAGGGAUAGAAUUCAGCCGAAGCAAAUCUGACAAUUCCUCCCAUCCUCAGAAAGAUGAGGGGGAUCCUCCAGAAACAAUUGUGUCCUCCGGUAAUGUCACCUCGUCGUCUUAGGAACUUUGGCAAAAUGGAGGCCUGAGCCCCUUGAAGGCUGACAUGUGGGGGAUAGCUCUGCUUGCUUCUCUCCAGACAGAAGGAGGAGUGAGAACGAGUUGGUCUGAAGGGGAAAUGGAGUAUUGGUUGGGGGUCCAGCUGUUGGCCUAAGACACAUGGUGUCCUUUGAAAAUAUUUCCUCUCUGGGAGAAUGUUGUAUGUUGGUUUUCCCUGAGGCAACUUAGGGUUGUUAGGAAUAUUCAAGCUCUAUACACCUUUGAAAAGUAGACACUUGGAUAAGCAGUGUCCUUUGAAUGGGAGUAUGAGUGGGGAAGGAGAGAAAUAUCUUCAAAUUGUUCCCCCCCCUCCCCAAGGUAAAACUCCUGAACCCUCGAAACAAAGUUCUUGCUAUAUUGGAUUGACAGUCUUCUUUAAUUAACUCCCUCGUCCAGGGAAGGAAAUGUGCUAGUAUAUUCUGAGUAAUAGAAAGAGAACCGGGGCUGGGAUUUUAUCUCAAGAGUUGUUCAGGUGCGUGUUUCCCUUUGGCACUUAAAUCAUCAGUGGAAAGCCAAUGGGAAUUAGGUGCUGGAGACUGCUGUGGGUUACUCUGAGGAAGAUAGCCCCAUACUCCUGGUUGUAGUUGAAUCCUCAAGGAAUUAGUGAGACUGUGAUACGUGUGAAUUAGACUGGGGCUGUUUGAACUUAAUAGAUGUGUCAUUUGAACUUUUUUAAAAAAGCUGAUAAAUAUGCUGCUUUCAGUAACGAGUUGCAUUUUAAUAACUUUUAACAGCAGCUUUAUAUACACAGUUUUAACCGUCAGCCAUGUCCCAUUUCUGCUCCUGGUAAUCAUAAGAAUGUUAAGAACGGCCCUGCUGGAGACCUUAAUUUUCUUCCAGUCAACUUUGUUGUAGGACCUCCCUUAUCUUAGUGUAGGAUACAUAUUUUUCCUUCUUCUUCCUCCUGCCCCCCAUUGAUCAAACAGGUGAACAUGGGGUGCUUGCAAGCAGGAGAUGGAGCCAUACCUGUCUACUACUGUUGGUCUGCAACUAAUAUUUGGAGAUAGGUUGUUCUAUAGCUCUUCAAAAUUAACAGACCAAUUCUCUAUGAAUUUAUCCUUUUCUUUUUUAAAGCCAUUUGAAUUAAUGGCCAUUGCCCUCUCUAGUGAAUUCAACCAGGUUAAUUAUGUGCUGUGUGAUGAAAUAUUUUGUUUUUCCUCUCCUUCCAAUCAAGUUCUUAGGAUGAUUUUUCUGAAUCCUAAUGUUCUUUGAGAAGGAUACAUAUUUUCCUGUUUAUUUUCUUCACAGCAUACAAAAUUUCCUAUUUUCUUUUGCUAUGUAAAUUGUUUAUUUGUGAUGGCACAGUGGUUAGAACACAGUAUUGCAGGU